AUCAAGUCUUUCCAUUGCUGAGUUGUCAUGCAUAAAGUUAAUUACAUUGUGGAUCUGUUUAGCAUAGUUAUCGCAAUAAAGGUGAUACCUGAAUUGGACUCACUGUAAAAAUGUGAUGGAUUUACUAUACCAAUAGUUUGCCAUAGACGAAGGCCUCUUAGAUAAGUGUAUACAUGUUUUGUUGACUUCUGAGCAUGGUAUGUUAAGAAGGCUGCUGUGGCCAGACAACAUAACAGCACUGAAAGCCAGGUGGAAAUUUUGUGAGUACCUUCUGAAGAAGUGACUGCCGAAAAUUCUGUGAUUCUGUGAAAAGAAAGAGCAGAGAUGCAUAGGAUAGGGAGCAUGGCGUUGAAAUGUGUUGGAAGGAAAGCAAAGUCUGGCUUAAAUGAUUCCACAUCUGGCAGAAUAGUGGAAACCAUUAAUAAGUUGUAAUAUCUUUGCAUUUGCCUGAGCUCAUGAAGAGAGAGAAGCUGGCUUAUGAUUAUGCAUUGAAAACAAUCAUGCAGAUCACAUCCCUUGGCUUGCUGGAAGGGUGGUAUGUUGGGUUUUUUCCAGGUAAAAAAGAUUUCAGACAACCAAAUAUGAAAGUGUCAUGAAUCUUAACUGCUUAUUUCAAUCUCCUUUUAUAGGCAGAUGGACCUUUGAAAAAAAAAAAACGUAGCUGUAAGUUGGCAGCAGAAAGCUUGACUGUGUGAAGCAGAAAGCUUGACUGUGUGGGUUUUUUGAAUAUGCGUAAUUCUGUAUCCAAGCUCAGUCAGGAAAGCUAGGGGACAGAUGCCAGCAACAUUUUAUCCUAGAAAGGGAAAAAAAAAAAAACAACCAAAAAAGUGUGUGGGAUGUUGAGGAUUUUUUCCUUGAACUGCAUGAUGUAGAAAUGAGGACUGUAGAGCCCAGAAAGGACUUGCCUUCAAACUGAACAAAGCAACGCAGCCAGAUGUUUGCAGGUAUUUUGAAAAUGGCUGUUGCAGUCAUUGUCAUGCUUUGCAAAUAACCAGAGGUCUGAAAUGGCUACACUGAGGUGGAUUUUUCCCAAGCAUGACAAACCCAGGGAGAGUUUACAGGGGUGCUGGUGUGCAAGAGCUGCUUGUGAGAUAGCUUUGGGCUAUAAAGGACAAUUCUUUAAUUAUAUAGGGAAAAAUCUUUUGGGAAAGAAGAGUAAAGGGCUUGGGGGUGACCUGAAGAAAAGCAAAGCAGUAGAAGUCAGUUGGCUGAGAGAGAAUGGGCAACAUGUAUUUGUGAUAAAAAGCGUAUCAUUCAGUUUGUGAUUCAAAACUGAAAUUUUCUUUAGUCGAGUAGUUAAAGUGAGAUGAUGCAGACACAUAAGAGAACUGAACAUAUUUUCCGUAUAAAGUAGACUCUCAUAGGUAGAAAUAUGGGUUUAACUCUUAAUAUAGCUUAAACACUUGAAAGACUGGAAAGCUUUGUGGGCCGUUUGCUUGAAAACUGUUUAAGCACGCUUUGAAGCAUUGAGAUCAGCAGGCAUAGGUCUGCCUACUUAGGGCAGGGGAACUUGAGAUACCAGAGAGCAACUGCAAAAAGGUAGGCAGAAAGUUGCUGGUCUUUUGUUACAAAAGAUCAGGACUGUUCUCUGAAAAUAAUUAAGAUACCUACUAGGUAUGUAUAUAACCUUUCCAACAUGGAAAGAAGCCAAGAUGACCUCUUACAUGCUUGCUACUAAUGAUGGAAUUUUUCUUUUGCUUGGAAUCCUUCUGUUAUCUCAAAUUAUAGACUGUUAUCCUUACUGCUAUUUGAUUUUAAAAAUAUAUACUUGGAUGGCUAAAAAUACUGCCGCUUCAAAGCAAGGAAGAGAUGCAUCAGUUUCCAGCCUUUCUUAAUUCAAACCUUUCCUGGUAUUCCUAAUUUACCCAUAAAACUUUGCCUUCAGAGGGAGUUUGGUUUUAGUCAGGUGAGCAGAUUUAUGUGCCAGUCAACCCUGGUGCGCUCCUAAUGAAACUGCAUGUCCCAGAAGGCUGAGAAGGCAGUGGGAUGAGUGAAUCCUGUCUGCCAGGGGGAUACGGGAUGUAAAUUUGAGCCUCAAGGUUACAGUACCAGCAUAAAUAUAGCUACUGAGCAGCAUAACAGAUCCCUUUCACACACAGUGACUGAAGUUCUAGCAGGCAUAAAGUCAGUGUUUUUAUUCAUUCCCAUUUAUAUAUCUUGGGUAUUUUUAAAGGAUGAUGCUUCUGUGAUUUAUUUAACUUUCUUUGGAAGUUCAGUUGUGUAAACCUGGGGCCUGAGUAGGGCUUCAUGCAGAUGUGCAGUUGACACUAUAUAAUUGACUUUCAAGAUAGAGGCCCCUGGAGUGAGGGGCAGUGACUUAUGUGAAUGUAGGACAUUCUGCUCAUGCAAACAGCUAAGUCUGUGAGUUCUAAGCAUUAUGGAUAUAAAAAUAGUUGCCCAAGAAAAGUUAACCUUCUGAGGAACUCUGCUCUUCUGAGGGCCUUUUAAAGCUGACUCUGCCAUUGUACUGAUGACAGUGACAGGCCUCUGAAAACCAGAAACUACAUGAAUUACCCUAAUGGGGGAUUAUGCUCCUGCUUAGGAAUCUAUUUAAUGGUCACUGAUCUUUAUAUUUGCAAACAGAAAGAAUCUUAUUUUAAUGAUAUGGUAAUAACUUAACUUGUGCUGGUCAUUUGCUCAAAAACAUGACUUUACUUAACUCAAGCGACUUCAGAUACACACAGAAUGGAAUUUUACACAUGUUGGACAGAAAUAAGAGAAUCAAGCCACGACCAGAAAGAUUCCAGAACUGCAAAGAUAUUUUUGACUUGAUCCUAACAUGUGAAGAAAGAGUCUAUGAUCAAGUAGUAGAAGAUUUAAAUUCCAGAGAACAGGAGACAUGUCAGCCAGUACAUGUGAUCAAUGUGGACAUUCAGGAUAACCAUGAGGAGGCAACCCUGGGUGCUUUCCUUAUCUGUGAGCUCUGCCAGUGUAUACAGCACACAGAAGACAUGGAAAAUGAAAUAGAUGAGCUGUUACAGGAAUUUGAAGAGAAAAGUGGAAGGACUUUUCUUCAUACUGUCUGCUUUUAUUAAAGCACAUCUGUCUCCUAGGCCUUACUACAGAUGAGGGAAGCAUGUGUUCAAAGUUCUGAUUAUACUGUAUUUUCCUGGGAAAUGAAUAUUGAUUUUUUUGUUUGUUUGUUUAAAAACUCCUUUUCAGUGUCUUUUUGUUUUGUUUCAGGUAUUCUGUCACAGGUAGGCAGAGAUACUGGUUGGGGUUGUACAUAUGAGAUGAUUAAAAGUAUACACAAAGGCCACCUAUUUAAAAAUUAAAAUCAAGAUUUUCUUUAAAUCCUACUUUAAUUAUUACAAGUAGGUCUUUAAUUAUAAAGAGAAUGUUUCUUGAAUAUAAGUUUAUAAUGUAUUUUUCCAGCUUACAAAUUUAUUUUAUUUCAGUUGCGCUUUUUUUUAUUUUAAUGUGACAGAAUGGCUGAACUACGUGAGGAUAUGAAUGGAACAAUGAAAAACGAGUAUCUGUAUAUUAUUAGAUAUAAGGUUGGAAGCAUCCAAUAAAAACAAAAAACCUGUAAGUUUGUCUGUUUUCAAAAUAGAAGCUAAGCAAGUGUGACUGUGCUCUGUGAGGUAAAACACAAAGGACGUGAAGUAGCACAAGAGGAUAGUAACAGCCAGAAGAUCUUGAUAAGAAUCAAAAGACCUGAACUGCGUCCCUUGUUGAGAGAGGCUGCGUAUUUGGGCAGCUCAUCGUGAGUUUUGAUCCCGUCUUGAACUAAGGUGAACUUCUUUCUCUGCAUGGAUUAGGGCACUGCCAAGAAAUCUUUUGGGGUCUCAACUGCUUGUCACAGCUCAAAAUCCAGAAACUCAGUAUGUGUAUACAAACAGAGCAAAAGCUUGGACUUCUCUUUGUUCAAACUGAUAAAAGUUACGAGUUAAACCAGAUUAUUAGACAUUCAAAAUGGGAAUGGUAAAGCGCUGCUGCUUACAGGCAAAAGAUCAUCUUAAAAGUUGUUUUGUUAAAGGAACCUGUAAAGGAUUUGGAGCAAAUGAGGUCUGUGUGCUCUUUAAUACUUGGAUAUGUGAG